GCCAGGGGCCGCUGUGGAACCCACCCGUGGCCGGGUCGCUCCUUCCCGCAGCCGCGCUCGCACCCAAGAUGGCGGUCGCAGCGCUGUUCCGGGGCGCGGCUCCAGGGUGUGGCGGGCCUGCCUGGCUCUGGCGCCUGCGCGCGACCUCAGGGCACCGCCUGGCCUCUGGCUCGAGCGGCCACGGCAGCGACCCCGCUGACGGCGCGGCCUGGGCCUGCUUCCCGCUGGGCCAACGCGCCCUGGUGCGCGUGCGCGGGCCGGACUCGGCCCCUUUCCUCCUGGGGCUGCUGACCAAUGACCUGCCGCUUCCGGUUCCUGCGGACGGUGCGGCCUCGCCCCCCGCGCGUGCGGGCUACGCCCACUUUCUCAACGUCCAGGGGCGCACGCUGUAUGACGUCAUUCUCUAUGGGCUCCCGGAGCACCCUGGCCCCGCUCCCGCCUUCCUCCUGGAGUGUGACAGCUCGGUGCUGGGCGCGCUGCAGAAGCACCUGGUGCUGCACAAGAUCCGGCGGAAGGUCACGGUGGAGCCGUGCCCUGAGCUGCACGUGUGGGCCGUCCUGCCGGCCGCUCCUCAGGAGGUGGGUGGGGCCGCGCCACUGCCCGAGCACCAGGGCCCUGCCAUCCUCGCCCGGGACCCCCGCACCACCCGCAUGGGCUGGCGGCUUCUCACCCAGGACAAGAGCCCCGCCCCGGUGGCCAGGGGCAGGCUCAGGGACGUCUUGGACUACCACAGGCACCGGUACCAGCAAGGUGUCCCUGAGGGGGUCCACGACCUGCCCCCAGGAGUGGCCCUGCCGCUGGAGUCCAACCUGGUCUUCAUGAACGGAGUCAGCUUCACCAAAGGCUGCUAUGUGGGCCAGGAGCUGACAGCCCGCACCCACCACACGGGGGUCAUCCGAAAGCGCCUCUUCCCCGUGCAGCUCUCGGGCCCCCUCCCCGGGGGCGGCGUCCCCCCUGGCGCCACGGUGCUCACCGAAUCUGGACAGGAUGCCGGCAAGUACCGGGCGGGCCAGGGGGACGUGGGGCUGGCCCUGCUGCACUCGGAGAAAAUCAAGGGCCCGCUCCACGUCAGAACCCCGGGGAACGGCCCGGUGGCCCUGACUGCAUCCGUGCCGGACUGGUGGCCCACAGCCCCCAAGUAGCCGCCGCCCCCGCGCUCCCACAGAGGCCUCGGUCCCCGCACACCUGCGGCCGGCCCUGGAAGACAUGCGUCCGUGCAAGGUCCCGAGUGUUGGUGGGACUCCCACGGCUGCGAUGUCCGGCUCACCAUGCGUCCACCUGAGCCCCACCUCUGCUGGCGGCUCUGUGCUGCGGGGAGCCGGAAGCAAGCCUUGCGCCUGCCCCCUCUUCCAGCAUCCAGACAAGGUUCCAAACCAUGUGCCUCUGGAGGCCUUUGUCCACCGGCCAAGGACAGGAGUGAGAGGCUGUGCCUGCGGGUCUUCCCCCGCUGCCAGCCUGCUUCAGGGCAGGCCUGGCCCCGAGGCGGUGCAGCCAGGGAGGGCAGGGGAGGUGGGGCAUGUCUCAGGUCAGGAAUCACAUGUGGGGGGUGCGGUGGUCAUGUCUGCGGGCGGAGGCACGGCUGCCCACAGGCACCCCAAUCAGUUCUCCAAGUGCUCCUCCGCGCUCGACGCUGCCAUGGGAGCCCCGGUGCCAUUUCCAGGGCACUCCACUCCACAGCAUCGGCUCUGGUGGCUGGGCAGCCCCUCCCCCCCCCCCAGCCUGUGUGCGGAGAGCGCUGCAUGGCUCACCCCACUGUUGUGCCCAGGCCCCCUUUAGCCAGAUGCCAUCCUCCCACUGCAGUGUGACUGACGUUAUGGGUGCCCCACUGUGCCCCAGAGUGAAGAUUAAAGUUUGACUUAUAAGCGGC